GAAUGCUCUACUUAUAAAACGAUGAGGUACCCAUUCUCCAUACAGAGGUCAUGCAUUUCUGCUGCCUCUAGCUUUGACCAAUUGGCACACCUCACAGGCUUGCACUAAUCUCAAUCACCAAAUAUUGAGCAAUUGAAAAAAUAAAUAAAUAAAAGUUGUGUCUGCCCUGUUUGUGUAUAAAGUAGUGGAAAUUAUUGCUGGUCGUUGUGAGCAAGUGCCUGGGUGGCCUUGUGUGAGUUUGAGGGUUGUCUCUAACUUCUCUUCUGUGUUUUUCUAGACUUUUGAAAGUGUGUGUGUGUUGGGAAUUAAGGAUGAGCUAUUUGGGUGUUGGUAUAAGUCCUGGGAAUGUUCCAGUGUCUCAUAGCAUGAAUGUGAAGGUAGUUGAUAGGAGAGUGAGGGUAGCAGAGCUGGUGUUGAGGUGUGUGAUCUGUGGCCUUGGAGUUCUUGCAGCUGUUCUUGUGGGGACUGAUUCCCAGGUCAGAGAAAUCUUCUCAAUCCGAAAGAAAGCUAAAUAUACAGAUAUGAAAGCUCUUGUCUUUUUGGUGAUAGCAAAUGGGAUAGCUGCUGCGUACUCGUUGAUGCAAGUGUUGCGUUGUGUUGUGAGCAUGAUUAGAGGGCAUGUGCUUUUCAGCAAGCCCUUAGCUUGGGCAAUCUUUUCUGGUGAUCAGGUAAUGGCAUAUUUGACCGUGGCCGCGGUGGCUGCUAAUGCACAAUCAGCAGUGAUUUCGAAGUUGGGGCAGCCAGAACUGCAAUGGAUGAAGAUAUGCAAUAUGUAUGGGAAGUAUUGUAACCAAAUUGGUGAGGGAAUAGCGAGUGCACUCUUAGUUAGCCUUAGCAUGGUUGCCAUUUCUUGUAUGUCUGCUUUUAGCCUCUUCCGCUUGUAUGGUGGGAACAAGGGCAAGGGCAGCCCAAGGUGGUGGUAGGCUAACUCUCGGUUGUAACUAAUAGACUUAUCUUAGUUAUAUGUAUCUAUAGUCCAAUACCCUCUUAGCUGUUGCCCACAUGGUUAUGUAAUUUGGAUGCCUUCUAUGUAUGAUGAUGAUGAAAAGUGGGCUUGUGACACUCUGCAUAUAUAACAAUAAAUUGAGGCUUGGUUUCUACAUA